AUGCAGAUCCGAUGCGAUAAGCGCACGCCAUGCUCGAACUGUCGUAGUUCCAGCAUCGCUUGUCGAUCCACCGACAGCCAGAAACCCGCAGAGCCUCGGCGGCGAGUCCUCAUUUCUAAUCAAUACGAGAAAAAGAUUGAUUUAAUUGAAGAGCGUCUGACCGGUAUUGAAAAGACUCUCAAAGAGUUGGCAAUAAAUACAUCUGCUUCAAGACCUGCGUCGCAAUUCACCCCUCCGCAGUUCAUCUCUUCGCCUCAAUAUUCAAACCAACCCCAGGCACCAUCAACACAGAGCGUGGCAAAACCAAAGGCACCGUUUUAUAAAACGAACGCAACAAUUGAACAGCAUGAUUCAAGCUCUGCAUUUGAAGGAAGCUCAUCCCUCAGCGCUCAUGGAGCCUACGCAAGCGCGUUUCUGGAAUCGGCCGUCUCCAAAAGCUCGCCCCAGGUGUUAUCCAGCCCGAAAAUUAAUGCGGCGCUUUCCUCGCUCAAGCAGAUCGUUGGAAUUCAAAAUCAACGACGAGAAGCUGAUCCGCGAGGGGCUCGACUGCCUACUAAAAGCACACGGAUGGGCGUCAAAUGUGACAUCCGUCAUCUUGACAUGCCACCUUUGCAAUUGGUAUUACAAGUCCUGCGAUAUAUCAAAGGUGUGAUUCCCAGACUUCAAAAUGACUUGGCGUUUGUUGUUCUGACUUUCCUAGAAUACCAAUCUUCCUGCUUUGGCGGUUACAUGCCUUUUCUCGCAGUAGAUUACUUCAUCGAAAAAUGCCGUGAAGUGUAUUUCUGCGCGGAAGACUAUUCCGAUGCUGCAUUUAUCAUAACUAAUUUCUGCCUUUACAGCGUAUUUUAUGAACUGAGUGUGACAAAAACUGCUGGUCCCAUCGGGGAGGAGUGUGAUGGACACAUUGAGACCUGCCGCAACAACCUUGAAGCUGCACUUGCCAAUCUUAAUAUCUUGAUGCCUGCAAACCAGGAAUCGAUCAUGGCAUUGGCUGUAGGGGCUAUGCAUGCGAUCGAGAUCUCCAAACCAUCAGUGGGUUGGAACCUAGCUUCCACGGGCAUGCAUCUGUGUCAGACGCUGGGGUACCAUCGCUUGAGCUCCAUGGAAAAUGAUCCUGAGCCAGUCCAACGUAAAAAGCAACUCCUUUUCUGGUCGGUCUACACCAUUCUGAACAUGAUGUCGCUACGUUUGGGGCGUGCUUGUCCCAUUCAGAAUUAUGAUAUCAGCCUACCCGUGCCACUUCCGGAGGCCCUUGAUGUGCCUGCGCCAUGGGACCUUGUCUGCGUGCUCUGGACCAGAUCCGCUAUCAUCCAGAGCAAAGUCUACCAAUACUUAUAUAGUCCGGAGGCAUUGCAACAGCCGGAAGGUCAUCGGGUCGCGCAUGCGCAGCGAUUGGCCGCUGAGAUGAAAUCGAGCGUCGUGGAACCAUUUGAGGUAUUCAUGUCGUCAAAUUUGAACAUCUCGGAAAUGGACCUCAUGUAUCUUGCAACAGACAAGGUCAGCAGGCUAUCAAUUCUCACAUUGAUAUACCGAGCGAUUCCCGCUUCGCCGACAUCUGGCUCUACCGCCACUUUUAUACCAGAGUGUAUCGAGACAGCCCGUGAAGCCUUAGAAGCCCACCGGAAAUGUGGCGCUGCCCUGAGAGAAACUGAUGACUUCAUGAAAACCUCCUACAUGCAUUGGGCCAUUCUCCUCUCCCCUUUUGUCCCCUUCAUCGUCAUUUUCUGCAAUGUAAUCACCACCUCCAACCGAGAAGAUCUCGCCCGUCUCGACGAGUUCAUUGCCUCUCUCGAGCCCCUCAGCUCAUUCUCUCAAUCCAUCGAUCGCCUCCACAGCCUCUGCUCUGUGCUUGGCACCGUCGCCCGCCUAUAUUUCGAGGCCAACAGCCGACCCCAAACCGAUACCGAUGAGAAUUUCAUCCAAGUCGGCCAGGAGUUUGAUGCUUACCUGGGUGCGCUGGGACUGCCCAGCAACUUCAUGGGCAAUACCCAGCUGGGGUCGGGGUUAUUCCAACCGGAUGCCCCCUCCGUGCAUGUUAGUUCUGACCCGUCGCCUGUGUCUGGGUUCCCAGCUGAAACGCAGGACUCGGGAGCUGCGCAGUUAGGGAACUGGUUCUGGGGGAAUCAGUAUAUGAUGGGUCUACUGGAGGAGGAUCUAUCCCAGUUCAGCGCUGGUUGA